GCAUGCCAUUUCGGCAACUACAUCGAUGACUGCUACAUGGUGGAAACAUAUAGGAGAAUUUAUGAAUAUGCUAUUCUUCCAAUUAAUGGAUCACAAUUGUGGCCUAAAUCUAGUAAGAUUCCUCUUUUGCCUCCAAAGAAUGUGAAACAAAAAAGAGGAAGAAAGCAAAAAUUGAGGAGAAAGGAAUUUGGGGAAGCUGGAGCGAGCAGAACAAGGAUGAAAAGGAAGCAAACAACUAUUUAAUCUAGCAUUUAUCAUAAGCCCGGUCACAACAAGAGAACUUGCAAGUUUAGCUAUGUGGAGAGAGAAACUGACCUAAAUGAACCAGUCUUUUGGCAAUCAACUACAUCAUCACAUCCUGAAAAAUUGCCGGUUAGAACAAGAGAAGUAGAACAGGGUAGUUCUCACUACUAUUGAAGACAUUCUACUGUUGGAAUUCUUAGCUGCUGUGUCGUGGACAUUGUUCUAGUCAUAUUUGCUGCUGUUUAGGAAUCGUUGAAGACUUUGGAACAUGGAUGUUGUUUAGUCAUACUUUUUGUUGUUUCUAGUCACAAUAGAAGUGAUUUUUUUUUAUAACCGUGGUGUCCGGGCUAACUUGCGUGCAUCUCGACUAAUUCCACGGGAUACAUGUCACCUCCCACCAAUAACAUGUACCAGCUUCAAAUGCCAAAAACAUGUAAUCUCAAGAAAUGGGAAGUCGGGUUCCGUCCGCAAAGGAAAUGGAUUCCCAGCAAUGAAAUUGAAAUCUUCUGACCAAGAAAUGGAAACCCAAGAUUCCUCAGAAACUUCUGAGAUUAAUGUUGGCCUUAGCAGCAGCAGCAGCCCUUCUACCAGCUUAUUGUCUUUUCUUUGCCCCUUGCUUAAACUCUUUUCAGGAGGAGACCCGUCAAGCAAAAGAAACUAUUUAUUGGAGGAAGCAACAUCUAGACUUUCUACCUUGGCAAGACUUCCAUGGGGUUCAAGAGCACAAUAUGGUAAAUUAGGUAGUAAAGAUGGUAGUAAAGUUAAUCCUCCAAUGCACCUGCAGAUCUUUGAAUUUGAGGCGUGCCCAUUUUGCAGAAGGGUUAGAGAGGCAUUGACCGAACUUGAUCUAUCUGCAGAAAUUUAUCCAUGUCCAAAGGGUUCUGUAAGACACCGAGAAAUGGUUAGAAGAUUGGGAGGCAAAGAACAGUUCCCAUUCCUUGUGGACCCAAAUACUGGAACUUCGCUCUAUGAAAGUGGUGAUAUUGUUAAAUAUUUAUUUCAGCAAUAUGGUCAAGGAAGGAAUCCAUCUACUGGCCUCUUGGAGAGGUAUUAUAAAUAUUUUCAGUGCAUACUCAGAAUUUUUGUAAGUGGUGUCGGCAUUUAAAGAAGUGAAUAAAUG